AUGCUUUUCCUGAGCAGUCUGUUGACCCUCGCUUCGACGGCGAGCUGUUCGGCACCCAAGAUCAUCAUUGACAACGACUGGACCUCUGUCGGCUUCGUCACAUUCCUCCUCGCCGUAGACGCGGGCUGGGACGUCCUUGGUCUGGUGGGCGACACGGCAAACUCGUGGGCCCGCCAGACCAGCCUGCACGGCCUGGCCCUCUUGGAGAUCGGCAACCUUUCCUGCAUUCCCGUCCACAAGGGGGCCGACUACCCGCUGUUGAACACCCCGACUCAGCACCAGACAUGGGAGCUCCUGCACGGCCCUCUGCCAUACAUAAGUUCUGCUGGUGCCUUCAAGCCAGAAAACGCCACAGCCGAGGCGUUGGGUAACGACCCAACCUCGGGAGACCCGACCCGCAUAUCUCGUGCGGCCUUUAUCGAGGGGUUCCCAAACACGACCCUGGCAGGGGAGACGGCUGCCGCGUGGAUGGUCGAGCAGGUCCGCAAGUAUCCGGGGCAGGUCACCAUCUACAGCGGCGGGGCCCUCACCAAUGUCGCCCUCGCGGUGCGGCUUGACCCGACCUUUGCAUCCAAUGCGAAGGGGCUGGUAAUCAUGGGAGGCUAUCUCGACGUUAUGAUGUUGCAGACGACGGGGACUAGGCUCCUGGCGGACAUCAACUCGGAUAUCAACCUGAAGGUCGACCCAGAGGCUGCCAAGAUUGCGCUGACUGCCAAUUUCCCAAACAUUACCAUCGUGGGCAACGGCGCCAAUCAGGUCUUUCCGGUUCAGGAAUACUUGGACGAGGUAUACCAAGUCGAAACCCCAUACACCAAGCUUUUCCACGAUCAUUACGGUACCAGACUGCCGUUUUGGGAUGAGAUUGCCAUGUUCGCGGGCCUCUACCCAGAGCAUGUCGUAAACAGCACGUCCUUCCUGGUUGACGUCGAUACUGCAUGGUCCAGCCCGUACUAUGGAAACAUCAUGGUCUACCAGGAACUUCUCAUGCCAAAGGUUCAGAAGUUGCAAAAGGCGCAGUACAUCAACGAGAUCAACCAGACUGCCUUGCUGUCUGCCAUGAAGAGAUCGAUGGAAUGUCCCAAGUGCGCUACCUUUUGCAAAUAA